AUGCUCGUCACUGACAUGAGGCCUCUGUCGAUGGUUGAAGAUGACGGCUUCACUAAAAUGAUCCACACCUUGAACCCUGGUUACACUCUGCCCUCCAGGACUCACUUCACAAAGCUCAUGGAGAGAAAAUAUGAAGAGACAUUCAAGGAAGUGAAAACUGCAAUAAACACCAACAACAGCAAACUUGCUCUCACCACUGAUGUAUGGACAAGUGUAGCAACUGAAGCCUACCUUGGCAUUACAUGCCACUACAUCACAGAUGACUGGGAUAUGCAGUCAUUCUGCCUCACCACCAUGCCACUGCAGGACAGACAUACUGCAUGUAACAUUGCAGAGUGGUUGGAGCAGGUAGUGGCCAGAUUUGAAAUUCCUCCUAGCAAAAUCAUUGCCAUAGUCCAUGACAAUGGUGCUAAUAUCGUGGCUGCGGCAAAUAUCCUGGAGGAGAAGCAUGGGUGGUCCUCUGUCCGUUGCACUGGCCAUACUUUGCAACUUGUGAUCAAUACUGCGUUGAAGCAUCCAAGCAUUGAAAAAGCUGUCGGGGCUGCAAGAUGUCUGGUAGAACAUUUUAAGAAAAGCGAGCUAGCCAGCAGUAAACUCAGAGAGAAACAACAACAAAUGGCCACACCAGCGCACAGCCUUGUUCAAGACAUAAGCACAAGGUGGAAUAGCACAUUCUAUAUGAUAAGUCGACUGCUUGAGCAAAGGUGGCCUGUAACAGCAACACUGUCCGACAGCUCUGUCACACAGAGAGGCAAAAGGUACCUAGAUCUGAAACCAGACCAGUGGAGCCUGCUGGAAGAGCUUUCAACAGUCCUCAAGCCUUUUGAAUGUGUCACUGUGUUCAUGAGUGGACAGAAAUAUGCAACAAUAUCUGCAAUACCUCCACUUGUGAAGGGGCUGUUGAAGUCCACCAAGAGUGCUGUCUACGAGUCAGCCCCGCUGCGGGCUUUCCAACUCACUGCGGUGCAGCAGUUGCAGGAGAGAUGGAAAAGGGAGACUGCUUUCUCAGAUGGAGCACCAAACACAGUGAUUUUUGCGAUGGCCCUUGACCCAAGGUUUAGGAAACUGAGCAAGUUUCUUUCACCUGAUGAAAUCCUACCGGUUCAAACUAAACUGCAAAUAAUGUCACUUGAAGAGAGAAGGAAGAUGGAUGUGCAGCAGCAUGGCAGUUGCAGUGUUGUUACCUCCACCAAUACUACAGCUACUGAAUCAAAACCUCUAGUAGCCACUCUACUUGAUUCACUCCUUGGUUCUGAUGGUGAAGAAGAGGAUAGAGCAGGCGAAGCUGAGGAUGUCCACAGCCAAGUGAGGAACGAAGUCCUCGCAUACUUUGGAGAAAAGAGCCUUGCCAAGGAAGAAAACCCAUUAUUGUGGUGGAAGGCUAACAAUGAAAGAUAUCCCAUGUUGGCCAGGCUAGCCAAGUCUUACCUCUGCAUCCCUGCCACCUCAACACCAUCUGAGCGGCUGUUUUCUGCAGCAGGCAACAUAGCCUCAAAGAAAAGAGCGAGCCUGAGCCAGGAGCAUGUGGACAUGCUCACAUUUUUGCAUUGCAAUGCAAAGUGUCUGAACAAAGGGAGUGAGAGAUGUAGUGUAGAGAACAAGUUCUGA